UGAGCAGGUGGAGGGUGGCGGCGGGUGGGGCAGCCGCGGCUCAGGCGCCGGGGCGGGAGCUCCAGCUCCACGUCCCCGCUCCCUGUGCGCCCCGAUGCCUGCCCUACUCGUGCCCCUGCCAGGGCCCCCGCCUGACCAGUCUCCGGUCCCGGACUGGUUGGGACUUGGGAGCUGAGCCGUCCGGCCGCUGUGCCCAUGCAGUGCCGGCUGCUCCGGGGCCUGGCCGGAGCCCUCCUCACCCUCCUGUGCAUGGGGCUUCUGUCCCUACGGUACCAGUCACGCCCGCCCCCCCAGGGAGUGCAGCAGCCCCCCAGGCUGAGCCGGCCCAGCCCCGCGCCCCGCGAGCUGCGCCUGCACGACAUCUUCAUCGCCGUCAAGACCACCCGGGCCUUCCACCGCUCGCGCCUGGACCUGCUGCUCGACACGUGGGUCUCCAGGAUCAGGCAACAGACAUUCAUCUUCACUGACAGCCCGGACGAAGGCCUCCAGGAGAGACUGGGGCCCCACCUUGUGGUCACCAACUGCUCCGCUGAGCACAGCCACCCUGCGCUGUCCUGCAAGAUGGCUGCCGAGUUCGACGCCUUCUUGGCCAGCGGGCUCAGGUGGUUCUGUCACGUGGAUGAUGACAACUACGUGAACCCAUGGGCGCUGCUGCGGCUGCUGAGGGCCUUCCCCGCGGCCCUCGACGUCUACGUGGGCAGGCCCAGCCUGAACCGGCCCAUCCGCGCCUCGGAACCCCAACCGCGCAAUCGCACGAGACUGGUGCAGUUCUGGUUCGCCACAGGGGGUGCCGGCUUCUGCAUCAACCGCAAGCUGGCUUUGAGGAUGGUCCCGUGGGCGAGCGGCUCCCACUUCGUGGACACCUCUGCCCUCAUCCGGCUGCCUGAUGACUGUACCGUGGGCUACAUCGUGGAGUGCAAGCUGGGGAACCGUCUGCGGCCCAGCCCCCUCUUCCACUCGCACCUGGAGACCCUGCAGCUACUAGGGGCCGCCCAACUCCUGGAGCAGGUCACCCUCAGCUAUGGUGUCUUUGAGGGGAAGCUCAAUGUCAUUAAGCUACCUGGCCCCUUCUCCCCUGAAGAGGACCCCUCCAGGUUCCGCUCCCUGCACUGCCUCCUCUACCCAGACACGCCCUGGUGUCCCCAGCUGGUUGUGCCCUGAGCCACUGGGCAGAGGCCAGCGGAGACUUCGGGGGGCUCCUGUGCCCACGCAGCGCUGGCGCGUGCCCCUGGAGGGCGGCUCCUGGCGCGGCCUCCGGGCGACGAAGAUGCAGGCCUGUGGGUAGCUGGAGGCACCCGGGCCCCAGAGGAGGCUGGACAGCCUGGGAGCAGGAGGGCCAGGUGAGGGCCGGACAGGCCCAGGCUGGAGCCCGCGGCCUGGGGGAGCCGACUGAGCGGGGCAGGCACCUGGGCAGGGCUGGGGAUCGGGGUGCCAUCCCUUAGACACUGACUGGGCCCCCAGGGGGCGGUCUGGCUCCGGCCCUGGCUCUGUCCCCGUCAUUCCCCUGGGGCUGAAGCACGGGGCCGUCUGCUCCUAAGUCCCCUGGCCGGAUCCUGUGUCACUGAGGGGACCUGAAAGAGUCACAGCCAAACCCAGGGUCUGUGACGGACGAUGACGCUGCGGAGUCUCUGAGCUCCUUGCUCCCCCACUUGCUAAUGGGCUCAGGUUUGGAGCCUCAGCAGGCCCAGGUGAUGGUCCGCAUGGUCCCAGCCAAUCAAGACAACCCUUUGGCUCACUUUGCAGUCUCCGUUGCUGGGAGACGUUACCCUGUGACCCAGGUUUGGCCAGUAGAGAGGUUUCUGGGUGAGGUUUUUCAGCCCUGUACCUCAUCUUCCUGUGUGAAUGUGGGUAUGAUGGCUGGAUCUGAGGAGCUACUUUGCCACCAUGAAGGGAAGCCCAAGACCAUCACCGCAGCUGUCUCCUCCAGCGUUUGGUUCUGUACGAAAUUAAACCCCUAUUUAAGUCUC